AUUAUUGAAACUAAUUAUAAUUGUACUCGUUAGUAUAUUUUUGUAUGUACAUAUUCCCAUUAUUCAGCAUUGUGUCAUGUGUGAAGUACUAGUACGAUCCAACUUACAACCUGCUCAACAUACGACCAUUCGUACUUGCGACCAUACGUCUGGCAGCAGGGCUGAGUGGGCCGAUACCUACCGCCGUACGACAGUUGACCGCUACUCUCGGCAAUGUGCCAUCUCGAGAGAGCUCUCGCAUCACUCAGGCAGCACCACUUUGAGUUACCCUGCCCUAUCAGCAGCAUCAUACUGUAUUAACUGUACUGCACUGUAUAUAUGUACCUGGACAAUAAAUUUCACCAUGGCCUUUAAGAGGAAGUCUGAAUCUUGCACUGAAACUUGUGGCAAGAAAGACUCUAACUCUUGACCAGAAGAUGAAAGUAAUUAAACAGUAUGUGGAUGGAAAAAAUGUCAACGACAUUUCUCACGAUCUUCGGAUCUCCCAUUCCAUUGUCAACAAUACUUAAAGAUAAAGAGCGCAUCAAACAAGCAGUGAAAUCUUCGGCCCCUAUGAAGCAUUCAUAUAAUUUCUCAAAAUAUUUACUACUUGAGGUGACCUUAUCUGCUCUCCUAUGUAUCUGUAGACCCAUAACACCUCUGUAUUUAGAGGUAAUAGCAAAUUUGAUACAUUCUGUAGCCACAUUAGUAAACAACAAUUUUUAUGGCAUAAUUCUAAGGAGAGACUGUUGACAGGUCCAAUGGACAACUGCAGCUUUGUGCCAGUCACCAUUGGAUCAAUCCAUCGCAACAAAGUUCCCUGUAGAGUGGUGUGUGCUGGGCAGUCAGCUUCGCUGUCACUCAGGGGACCAGAUUUGAGCUUACGCAAAGGAAUGAAACUGAUGAGCAUUGAAUCGAGGCCCAGAGCAUGUUUUUAUUUUCAGGCUAGAACACAAGUUCUCCAUCACUCAAGCAGCAUAUGUCGUGGAUUCCAAGCAACCGUCCAUAUAGGAAAUGUUCGGCAGACUGCAGUUGUUGAGGGAAUUCUAGGAUCUCGGGGCUUACACACAAAUGAUCGAGGCUCUGUGAUAUUCCGUUUCCUACGACAACCUGAAUUGGUCCAGAAUGGGGCAAGGCUACUCUUCCGACAAGGAUCAACCAAAGGAAUUGGGAAAGUAAUUCAGGUAUUCGAAGAAGAGCCCGAUAAUGUUGACCUCUAUUUUGGUGUUGCAAGAUAAGUUGAUUAUGGUACAACUGUAUGAUUAUGUUUAUACUUGUAUAUAAUUUGUCAAGUGUUCUAAUGAUAUAGUACACUUUAAAUAUUUUCUAAAGAAAAUUCUUUAUUUUUAUGUUCUUAUAUAUACCUCAGAUAUCUGGAAGAAUAAUGAGGACUUAAUGAAAGGACAGUAUCUCUUUUGAAAAUGAACUGUAUACGAUAUGUUAAAGGCUCCCUAAAAUGUUAAUGACCUACUCUUGCAGGAGACACUAAACUCUUAAGUCAUUCAGCCCUACAUGGUAGAGGUUAUAUAGUAAGUGGGUGUCGGUUAAUAAAGCAGACAUGUCUGCGUACGUGUCUGCAUUGCAGGUUAGAUCAUCACAGAUUGGGAGAAGUGUUCUCUAACAUAAUUGCAAGAAAAUACAAGAAUAAUUUCAGUUUUAUUUAAAAGGCAUGUUAAAAGCACUUGCUUCAUUAUCCAUAUACUUUAGAU